AUGGGUUCUGUUUUUGGAACCUCGCCACCGUAUGACGUUACUUUCAGUCGUUCGGAUAUCCUCGUUUCCGAUGAUGUAAUAGACCGAGUGAAAAGCCAUCAAUCUCAUUCACCACCUGCCGAAGCUCCUCCCCCAGCACCAAUCCCCCUUGUCAAAGAAGAACCUCCGCCAACUGCCGUCCACGAUUCUGCACCUGUCGGCUCCGUUGCUGCUCAUCAUCUGGUGCAUUCCCUGGACCAAAUUGAGCGGAAUUACGAGACUCGAUUGCGAAAAGUGGAAGAACGGAAUGACAAAUUCCUCAAGGCUGCAGAAGAAGAAUUCACCAAAGUAGUGGAUCGUCUUCAGGCAAAGUACAUACGGGGAAGCCCAGAAGAGUGCUGCGUAGCUGAUCAGAAAGCAGUGGAGGACUGCUACAAGGCCAACGGGACGAAGUCGCUCAACUGCUCCAAAGAAGUCGAAUCCUUUAUCCGCUGUGUGGCUGCGUUCCGCUAUAAUGUAUCACCAGUCUGGGAGCCGUUUGACUUCGUUCCUUGGCUGAUUCUCGCUCGCACACCGUUUUACCUUGCCCACUGGACUUCCGGAUGCGCAAAUCCGACCCAGAGACCCUCUAAAGCCGUCGCCGCGGUCCGCUGCACCUUUUUUAACUUUGGACGAAAGGAAGCCCUCGCUGUGUUUGCUCUACUUCAGUUUGUUUAG